CACAGAAAUACCAAUUAUUCAAAAGUUUAGCAAAUUUAGCAUACACUCAAACACAUUCGAACGUCUUCUGGUAAAAGGCUUCAGUUAUCACAGAAAACGAAGUGAACAUAAGCAUUGUAGAGAUCAUAAGGGCUAUUCGCAAACCAACUGCCGGCAGUGGUGUAUAGCACGAAAGCUCUUAGAAACGGUGGAGUGUAUUCUACCAUGGAUGCAAGAUAUGGUACAAAAGCCUUGGAUGGAUGAAAGGCUCCAGAACCUUGCUGUCUGCACGGAUGCUGAAAGCUUCUUGCAGACGCUUGCUAUUCAGGAUAAAUAUUUUCAUUCAAACGAAGCCAACUUGACCCGACCCGUCAUAGAUUGCCUCAAGAGUUGCCCAGAUCGGUGUUCUGCGUUCAAGGUUACCCUGCUGUCGCUUGGAAGCAAAUCAAUCGGCAGCAACUACGGCAUAAGCCUGACCAUCUCCCCAGAAGUGGAGUCCGUCACGGAACAGUUCGACUACACCUUCCUGAACAUGGUGGCCGAACUGAGCGCAUCCAUCAGCUUCCUGCUCGGCCUCUCCGCCAUCGCCAUUUACGACUGGCUGAUCGCCUUCGGCGUCUGGGCGGCCGUCAAGCUGGGCAUAAAGAAGUGCGGCGGCCACAAGGACGACGAAAGCACCUCGACCGCCAGUCCGGAGGCGCCAACACCUCCGAUCCCGCCCGUGCUGCGGGUGCCGUCGCACAUAGAAGUGCGUCAGGCCGCCGCCGUCCACCGGCAACGAGGCGCCAUCGGCUCCGACUGCCGGCUCUUGGCGCGCAUUGGCAACUCGUGUGAAGCACAGGUGUCAGAGACUGUCCAGCGCCGCUGGGGCGAGCCUGCCGGCCCGCUCGGCUUCCGCCGGGAAACGCAGUAG